AUGGCGAACACUGUUCCAGCUGACGUUCAAAAGAAAAUCGAAGAGGUUGGUUGGUCAGGGAUUUUCAGAAAAGGGAUUUUCAGAAAAGGGCUUUACAGACCCCUUCUUCAUAGCCAUAAAGAACACAACCAUAAAUAAUCGUCUAAUUUCCAGGGUUUCGCAAAAUUGCAAGGUGCCGCCGACUGCAAAUCGCUCCUCAAAAAACACUUGACGAAGGAAGUCGUCGACAAGAACAAGUCAAAGAAGACACGUUUGGGAGCCAGUUUAUUGGAUGUAAUUCAAUCGGGUGUCGAGAAUUUGGAUUCAGGAGUUGGAGUUUAUGCUCCAGAUGCUGAAGCCUAUACUCUAUUCUCGGAUUUGUUCAAUCCAGUCAUUGAGGAAUAUCACAAUGGCUUCAAAUCGACUGAUACUCAACCAGCAAUGGAUUUGGGAGAGAAAAAUGUAUUGUUUGCAGAGAAUCAAAAUCAAAAUGAAUAUUUGUUUGUUUUUUGCAGAUUGGUGAUUUGGCUGAUUUGGACCCCGAAAACAAAUUCAUCGUUUCAACACGUAUUCGUUGUGGUCGCUCACUUCAAGGAUAUCCUUUUAAUCCAUGUUUGAAUGAGACCAAUUAUAAGAUGAUGGAAUCAAGAAUGAAGGAAAUCUUUGCCGGAAUCACAGAUCCAGAAUUAAAGGGAACAUAUUAUCCAUUGACUGGAAUGGAUGAAGAAACGAAAAAGAAAUUGAUUGCUGAUCAUUUCUUGUUCAAAGAAGGUGAUCGUUUCUUGAAAGCCGCCAAUGCCAAUCGUUUUUGGCCAACUGGUCGUGGAAUAUUCCACAAUGAAAAGAAGACAUUCUUGGUUUGGGUGAAUGAAGAGGAUCAUUUGCGUAUCAUUUCAAUGCAAAAUGGUGGAAAUGUUGGCGAAGUUUUGGGUCGUCUUAUCAAAGGAUUGAAUUUGGUGGCUGCGAAAGCGCCAUUCUCAAGACAUCCGAGAUUGGGUUGGUUGACAUUUUGUCCAACAAAUUUGGGAACAACAGUUCGUGCUUCGGUUCAUAUCAAAGUUCCAAAGAUUUCGGCGAAAGCGGAUGAAUUUAAGAAGAUUUGUGAUGAGAUGAAACUUCAAAUUCGCGGAAUUCAUGGAGAACAUUCAGAAACCAAAGAUGGUAUUUAUGAUGUUUCGAACAAACAACGUCUUGGACUCACUGAAUAUCAAGCUGUUAGACAAAUGUAUGAUGGAGUCAAGAAAUUGAUUGAAUUGGAAAAGGCUGCAGCAUAA